AUGGCGUCCGUUUACAAGGAACCGCUCGAUGCGAUAUUCACAGACCUCAAAGCUCGCGGCGAGCUCACCCGUCAGAAUGCCGCCGCACGUCUGCUGGACAACGUCAACACGGCCUAUCGCGAACUGGCUCAGGGCCCGUUCCAAACCUACUACGCCGAUGUGAACAGCCGGAUGGUGAACAUGAUUCUCGGAGGAAAUGAUACACACGAGCGGACAGGCGGUCUAUAUGCGCUCAAUGCUCUCAUCGACUUCAAGGGCGACGAUGCCGCGCAAAAGGUGCCCAAGUUCAGCAACUAUAUCAAACGGACACUCGAGGGAAAUGACACAAGCGCCAUGGUCGUCGCAGCCAAGUGUCUGGGUCGCCUUGCCACCCCUGGAGGAGCUUUGACCGCAGAACUCGUCGAGGCGGAAGUGAAGCGCGCGCUGGAGUGGCUCACAUCUGAGAGGGCGGAGAACCGCCGAUUUGCUGCAGUGCUCAUACUGCGCGAACUGGCGAGAAAUAGCUCUACGCUUCUGUACAUGUACAUUCCAGGAAUACUGGCCAGCAUCUGGGAAGGCUUGCGCGAUCAAAAGGUCGUGAUCCGAGAAACAGCCGCAGAGGUUGUCUCACAAUGCUUCAAGAUUCUGUCAGCGCGAGAUCCGCAGCAGCGCUCCACAUGUCUCACGCGCAUGUUCGAGGGUGCUCAAGAUGGGUUCCGGCGAGGUACUGUCGAGUGUAUUCACGGGUCUCUGCUAGUAUACAAGGAACUCCUGAUUCAGGGCGGCAUGUUCAUGCAUGGAUCCAAGUACAAGGAGGCCUCUGACAGGGUAUUGUUGCAGCAAUAUCGCGAGCAUAGGGAUCCAACGAUCAGGAGAACCGUUGUCGAGAUCAUCCCUCUGAUCGCUGCUUAUGCUCCCAAAGACUUCUGCAACCACUACCUCGCCCGCUCAAUGCAGCACCUGCAAACUCUCCUGAAGGAUCCGAAGCAAAGGAACAUGGCGUUUGUUGCCAUUGGCAAAGUCGCACAUGCCGUGACCUCGGCGAUAGCGCCCUAUCUCGACACCAUUCUGCUUCAUAUCCGUGAUGCGUUGUCACUGAAGAACCGCACAAAGCACUCCGACGAGGCACCCAUCUUCGAGUGCAUCAGCAUGAUGGCCAUCGCCGUCGGUCAGACCCUCAGCAAGUACAUGGAGGCCCUUCUUGAUCCCAUUUUCGCUUGCGGUCUGUCCGACUCUCUAACGCAAGCCUUGGUCGACAUGGCUCAUUACAUACCACCGGUCAAGUCCACGAUCCAAGAGAAGCUGCUCGACUUGCUCAGUCGCACGCUCUGCGGUCAGCCGUUCCAGACUCUUGGCCAUCCAACGCAAGGGAAGGGACUUCCUCCAAUCUACACCAGAGACUAUCGCGAUCAACGAGAUCCACAACACCUGGAGCACAAGGACCAAGAGAUUGCUUUGGCUUUGGUUACGCUGGGCUCGUUCGACUUCAGUGGUCAUGUCCUCAACGAGUUCGUGCGCGAUGUGGCCAUUCGAUACGUCGAAGAUGAUGACGCCACGAUCCGUAAAGCAGCAGCAUUGACCUGCUGUCAACUGUUUGUCAAAGACCCAAUCGUACAUCAAACCAGUCAUCACGCCAUUCAAGUGGUCUCCGAUGUCAUCGAGAAGCUCCUCACAGUGGGUGUGGCUGACCCGCAGCCGGAUAUUCGUCAGACGGUCCUGGUCUCUCUGGAUGCUCGAUUCGAUCGCCAUCUCGCGAAGGCCGAAAACGUGCGCACGCUGUUCCUCGCGCUGAACGACGAGAAGUUCCCCAUCCGUGAGGCGGCGAUGACCAUCAUCGGUCGUUUGACAUCGGUCAACCCGGCUUACGUCUUCCCAUCGCUACGGAAAGUUCUGAUCCAGCUACUGACGGAGAUUGAGUACUCCAACAGCUCGAAUAACAAACGAGAAUCAGCUCAGCUGAUUAGCCACCUCGUCGGCGCAAGCAGCAAGCUGAUCAAGCCAUACGUCGAUCCCAUGGUCACCGUGCUUUUGCCCAAAGCGGAGGAUUCGAAUGCAGACGUGGCGGCUACAACCCUGCGCGCUCUUGGUGAUUUGGCUACUGUUGGCGGAGAUGACAUGGUCAAGUACAUUCCAGAUCUCAUGCGGAUCAUCAUUCGAAGCCUUCAAGACCUCGCAUCUCCCAAGAAACGCGAAGCUGCGCUGUGCACACUAGGUCAGCUUGCAAGCAAUAGUGGCUAUGUCAUCGACCCAUACACCGACCACCCAGAGUUGUUGACAAUCCUGGUCAGCAUCGUCAAAAAUGAAGCUCCUGGCGAUCUCCGUCGUGAGACGAUCCGCCUCAUGGGCAUCCUGGGUGCGCUUGACCCAUACAAGCAUCAGCAGGUGAUCGAAGAGUCCCCGGAGUCCAACCUCCGUGCCGAAGCAGAGGCGGAGUCGGAUGUCACACUCAUCAUGAAGGGCAUCACACCCAGCAACGAAGACUACUACCCGACUGUGGUGAUCAACACGCUCAUGAGCAUGCUUAAAGAAGACACACUCAAGCAAUACCAUUCCAGUGUAGUCGAAGCAGUCAUGAACAUCUAUGCAACAAUGGGCAUGAAAUGCGUCCCAUUUCUGAGCACUGUUGUGCCUGGUAUUGUCGGUGUGUUGAAAGAUGCGACAUCAGACAACCGACUCGAAGGCUACUUCAAUCAACUCAGCUUGUUGGUCAAGAUUGUGAGACAACACAUCCGCCCACAUCUCAGCGUUAUCCUCGAGGCCAUCAGCGAUCAUUGGUACAAGAGCACUCAGUUGCAGGCCACUAUUCUCACACUCAUCGAAAGCAUAGCGAGGAGCCUCGAAGGCGAGUUCAAGGUGUAUCUGGCCAACGUCCUCCCACUGAUGCUUGGUGUACUUGACGCGGACAACCGGACCGAGAGUGGUCGGGCUGCCUGCCAACGCGUACUCCACGCAUUCCUCGUCUUCGGAGCCAGCGCGGAAGAGUACAUGCAUCUCAUCAUUCCGGUCAUCGUGCGAAUGUUUGACACUGCAGACGGAAGAUAUCGUCACCGCGACGUCCGGAAGUCGGCCAUCGAGACCAUUGGACGUCUGAGCAGGCAAGUCAACAUCUCCGAAUUCUCCGCGAAGAUCAUUCAUCCACUAUCGCGGGUGUUGCAAGGCAAUGACAACAACCUCAAAACACCGGCGAUGGAGACUCUGUGUGCGCUGAUCUUUCAGCUGGGCCAAGACUACAUGCACUUCAUUCCUACCAUUGAAAAAAUCCUCGUGCAGCAGAAGGUUCACCACACCCACUACAAUAUCAUCAUCGGCAAGCUGAAGAAGCACGAAGCUCUGCCGCAGGAUCUCAGUCCAGAGGAGAAAUAUCACGACGAGGAUGAGGAUACCUACCCCACUGAGAUCUCCACGAAGAAGCUUGCUGUCAACCAGCAGCAUUUGAAGAACGCAUGGGAGGCCAAUCAGAAAUCCACCAGAGAGGACUGGCAAGAAUGGAUGCGUCGCUUCUCGGUUGAGUUGUUGCGAGAGUCACCGCAACAGGCGCUAAGAGCGUGCACUAACUUGGCGGGCAUCUACGCACCCCUCGCGCGCAGUCUCUUCAACAGUGCCUUUGUGAGCUGCUGGACCGAGCUCUACGAUCAAUAUCAAGAAGAGCUCGUUCGUUCCAUCGAAGUGGCGUUGACAAGUCCAAAUAUUCCUCCCGAAAUCCUCCAGAUCCUGCUCAACCUGGCCGAAUUCAUGGAACACGACGACAAAGCCCUCCCUAUCGACGUUCGCACACUGGGUAUGUACGCUGGUAAAUGUCACGCAUUCGCCAAGGCACUGCAUUACAAGGAGCUCGAGUUCAACGCCGAGCAGAAUGCAAGUGCGGUGGAGGCUUUGAUUUCGAUCAAUAACCAGCUCCAGCAGACCGACGCAGCCUUUGGUAUCCUUAGAAAGGCUCAAGGGUAUCAAGAUGUGGAUCUGAAGGAGACAUGGUUCGAAAAGCUCCAACGCUGGGAGGAGGCUCUUCUCGCAUAUCAAGCACGCGAGGAGGCUGAAGGUGGCCCAGAGAAAGCAUCUUUCGAAGUCGUCAUGGGCAAGAUGCGAUGUUUGCAUGCUCUUGGUGAGUGGGACACUCUGUCCUCGAUCGCGCAAGACAAAUGGAUGCAUGCCUCUGGAGAGAAUAAGAGGCACAUUGCUCCAUUAGCGGCGGCCGCAGCAUGGGGUAUGGGCCAGUGGGACAUUAUGGACGACUAUCUGAGCGCCAUGAAACAGCAUACGCCUGAUCGCAGUUUCUUCGGCGCCAUCUUGGCCAUUCACCGGAACCACUUUGAAGAGGCUCACGCUCACAUCACCAAGGCGAGAGAUGGUCUCGAUACUGAGUUAAGUGCACUGCUCGGCGAGAGCUAUACCCGUGCAUACAGUGUGAUUGUCAGGGUCCAAAUGCUCGCAGAACUGGAAGAGAUCAUCACCUACAAGCAACACGCGAACGAUCCAGACAAGCGGGAGCGAAUGCGCGCAACCUGGACGAAACGUCUGAAAGGCUGUCAACGUCAAGUAGAAGUAUGGCAGCGGAUGCUCAAAGUUCGCGCUUUGGUCAUCACCCCACAGGAGAAUACCGAGAUGUACAUCAAGUUCGCCUCCAUUUGCCGCAAGGCACAACGAGGCGGUUUGGCAGAGAAGAGUCUCAACAGCCUUUUGGGCAGUACGGGUCCGAUUGGAAACCUGCUAUCUGACUCGGAAAGCUGGUCGAAGGUCAAAAACGCAGAUUACCCGGUGCAAUACGCUACAUUCAAGUUCUUGUGGAGCAAUGAUCAGCACGAUGCUGCGCUAGCCGCAUUGAAGGACUUCACGACCCGGCUUCGCAACGAUUACGAGGAGAGCAACACUGCUGCGCUGUCAAUCGCAGGCGCUUCUGCCAAUGGCGGAGGGUUGUUGAAUGGCGCCAAUGGUGUCAAUGGUAUCCACAGCACUGGACCUUUUGGCGCGGCUAACGCGCAGCACAUCUCACCGAGAGACAAAGCAGAACUUGAGGAGUGGAAGACAUUGCUUGCGCGCUGUUAUCUCAAGCAAGGCGACUGGCAGGUCAAAUUGCACAACGGUGACUGGCAAUCGGAACACGUUCAGGACGUUCUUCAAUCCUACUACUCUGCGACGAGAUACAACGAGAACUGGUACAAAGCCUGGCACGCCUGGGCGCUGGCGAACUUUGAGGUCGUAACUUCCUUGACUGCUGGUGACCGUGAGUCUGCCGAUGUGCCCCACUACAUCGUGUCAGAGCAUGUGGUCCCGGCUAUCAAAGGAUUCUUCAAGAGUAUUGCGCUCUCGUCGUCCAGCUCGCUGCAAGACACGCUCCGCCUUCUAACGAUGUGGUUCGCACACGGCUCACAUCAAGAAGUCACUCACAGUGUGCAACAAGGCAUCUCUUCUGUCAGCGUGGACACGUGGCUGGAGGUCAUCCCCCAGCUCAUCGCACGAAUUAAUCAACCCAACAGGUUGGUCCGCGAAGGAAUCCACAAUCUAUUGGUCGAGAUUGGCAGGGCACAUCCUCAGGCCUUGGUGUACCCUCUGACCGUCAGCAUGAAGAGCGACAUGGGCAAUCGAUCGCGCUCUGCAGGCAGAAUCAUGGAGGCAAUGAAGCAGCACUCCCCCAAGCUGGUGGAACAGGCGGGACUUGUCAGCCACGAGCUCAUUCGCAUCGCGGUGCUCUGGCAUGAGCAAUGGCACGAAGGUUUGGAAGAAGCCAGUCGUCUCUACUUUGGCGAUCACAACAUUCAAGGUAUGCUGGCGACGCUCGAGCCACUACAUGAAAUGCUCCGCAAGGGCCCGGAGACUCUCCGAGAAAUAUCCUUCAUUCAAUCCUUUGGUCGCGACCUUAAUGAAGCGCACGACUGGUGUGAAGCGUACAAGUCGACGAAGGAGAUUGGUGAUCUCAACCAGGCGUGGGAUCUUUACUACGGCGUCUUCAAGAGAAUCGCUCGCCAACUGCCGCAGCUCAUGAGUCUGGAACUACAGUACGUUUCUCCAGAGCUGAAGAAUGCCCAUGAUCUGGACCUCGCGGUGCCUGGGACAUAUAUCAGUGGCAAGCCCAUCAUCCGGAUCAAGAGCUUCGAUCCCGUGGCGACCGUCAUUUCGUCCAAGCAGCGACCACGAAAGCUCGGACUUCGAGGUAGUGACGGUAACAAGCACGAUUUCCUCAUCAAGGGGCACGAAGAUAUUCGACAGGAUGAGAGAGUCAUGCAGCUUUUCGGUCUCGUCAACACACUUUUGAGCACGGAUCCGGAAUGUCUGAAGCGCCACUUGAACAUUCAGCGCUAUGCCGCCAUCCCUCUCUCAACACAAGCUGGUCUCAUCGGCUGGGUUCCCAACUCGGACACGUUGCACGUUCUGAUUCGCGAAUACCGCGAGAGCCGCAAGAUCCUCCUCAACAUCGAGCAUCGCAUCAUGCUGCAGAUGGCGCCCGAUUACGACAAUCUUACACUGAUGCAAAAGGUUGAAGUCUUCGGCUACGCUUUGGACAACACCACAGGACAAGAUCUGUACCGAGUCUUGUGGCUCAAGAGCAAGUCUUCCGAGGCCUGGCUCGAUCGACGAACCAACUAUACUCGCUCGUUGGGUGUCAUGUCUAUGGUCGGAUACAUUCUCGGACUUGGCGAUCGGCAUCCCAGCAAUCUGAUGCUCGAUCGUGUCACUGGUAAAAUCGUGCAUAUCGACUUCGGAGACUGUUUCGAGGUCGCAAUGCAUCGUGAGAAGUACCCCGAACGCGUGCCAUUCCGACUGACGAGGAUGUUGACAUUUGCCAUGGAAGUGAGCAACAUUGAGGGAUCCUACCGCACCACCUGUGAGCAUGUCAUGCGACUGCUCCGCGGUAAUAAGGAAUCUCUGAUGGCUGUGCUGGAAGCUUUCAUUCACGAUCCGCUCUUGACCUGGCGUCUCGGCACACGCGAGUCCCCUCCUGAACCAUCCUUCCCAUCGGAGCGACGCACAUCAAUCAUGGGUGCUCCGAUGCCCACGGAAGCAGCUGGCGGUCGCCGCACUUCUGUCAUGGGUGGUGAUCCAAAUGCGCCUCAAGGUGACAGGCCCAACAAUUCUUUCCGACCGCGCAACAGAAGCAUUGUGCAACCCAACGGAAUCGAUCCCGCGGAUAGGGAGGUUCAAAAUGUCCGUGCCUUGCAAGUGCUUGCCCGCGUGAAGGAGAAGUUGACGGGACGCGACUUCAAGAAGGAGACCGAGUUGAACGUUACGGAACAGGUCGAGCGUCUGCUCAGCGAGGCGACGAAUCUGGAAAACCUCUGCCAGCAUUACAUAGGAUGGUGCAGCUUUUGGUGA